GAGUCAUAUUUUCUCUUUGAUGGGAGUGUCUUCGCACCUUGACCCUGGACGGGGACUUCGAGCUGUUCCUUCAGGCUUCGAAGCAUCCAGAGUGCACCUCUAAAGAUGACAGGACACCAAUGUUCUCCACGGGUGAAGUCUGUGACGACUCACGAGGAGAACGAUGAGAUGUUGGCAAACAAUCGUCAAUCAGAGUCGCAAGUCGAGGCUACUUCUGACGAAGUCCCAUGCGAAAAAUUUGACGACAUGUCUAAAGCUCGUGUAGGAGCCAUUUUACUCAGUUUGGGCCUCUGCGUUUUUCUCUAUGCCAUUGAGGAAACUAUCGUUGCCACCGCAGUCUCAGAUAUUGGACUUGGAGUACACGCCACGGGCUCUCUGACAUGGAUCACAACCUCAUAUCUUCUGACGACAACCGUCAUCCAGCCCAUUACAGGGCGACUUUCUGACGUUUUUGGAGCUAAGCGCAUGCUACUGGUUGAAGUCUGGGUCUUUAUUAUCGGCAAUGUAAUCGCAGGCGCCGCAAAGACAUUGCCUCAGCUUGUUGCUGGACGACUGAUCAGUGGUGUUGGUGGGGCGGGUCUCUUAGCUCUCUCAACUAUCAUGGUCUCCCAGUUGACUCAUGAACGUCAACGAGGAUCCUAUUUGAACCUCAUCAACGUCGUUUUCAUAUUUGCUGACUCUAUUGGCCCCAUCAUCGGAGGCAUCUUUGCUAGGUCUGGAAACUGGAGAUGGAUUUUCCUAUUUAACGCACCAUUCGGGCCUAUCAUUUCCCUUGCGCUAAUCUUUCUUGUACACUUGCGGCAUUCAAAGUCACAAUCCUUGAACUGGCGAUUCGCAAUGCGCAACCUAGAUGUCAUGGGAAUGAUGAUGCUAAUCACUAGUCUCACUCUCCUGAUUAUAUCCCUAAACCUCGGUGGCGAGGCUCGUCCUUGGAAAUCACCUACCAUCAUCGGCUUGUUCGCGGGUGCAGGGGGUGCUUUCCUUGCCUUCAUCUUCGCCGAGCGAUCUGCAACUCAUCCGGUGGUCCCGAUUAGCUUGUUCACUGAUCUCAAAUGGAGGAAUGUCCCUAUCAUGACGAUUGUCCGAUGUUUACUCUUCUUUCAUCUUUUUGCCACGACCUUCUACGUGCCAAUCUUCCUUCAGGUGGUAGGACAACCAGAGGUCGUGGCGGCCGCCCUGGUUAUUCCGUUCCUGCUAAUGGCUGCCAUCGCAAGCAUAUUGGCUGGUUACAUAGCUCAGAGAACCGGAUGGACUCGCCCCUUGUUCCUCAUCGCCCUUGUCAUUUUGCCCAUAGGCGAGGGCUUGAUGUCUACACUCAAUGCCAGUAGUCAUAUCGGUCAGAUCGUAGGAUACUCCCUUAUCUGUGGUUUUGGCUUUGGUGGGGGAACUCAACUCUCCCUUGUUAUUGCACAAAUCGGACUGCCGGAAGAUCUUCUUCCGACCGUCACUGCUUUAAUCAGUGCUACGCCUAACCUGGGAGGCGUCCUUGGUGUCGGUAUUAUCGGAACAGUGAUCAACAACACAUUCCGAAUGCGCCUAAGUUCUCUAGUUGGAGCCAAUACCAUCCCCCACAUCAACGACGCUGUAGCAGCAUCCAAAGAUCCAAGACUAGGGAACUACGUCAGAAUUGCAUACGUUCAAGCAUUCCAGCUUGGAUUCCAAAUCUUGGCUGGUAUCGCUGUGUUGCAAUUCGUGCUUUGCCUUGGACUACGGAGGGUGGUACUCAAGGGAGGCAAGGACUUGAAGGAAAAACCCGUGAUACGAACGGAUGUCGAGGCUAUCGAAAUGGCUGCUGCUGGCGCAAAGCGACCUGCCAGUCCCGUUGUCUGCGAGAGCCUGGAAGCCUGGAAAGAUGAAGUCGGAAAGAGUGAAAUCGAGGUCAUAGUACGGUCGUAAACGUACGUCGGAUACCUGCGUUUUCAUCAAUGCGAUAAAGUCACUUCCGAUACCAACACGUCAUGUACGUGCAAGAAACACAGUUUUAUAUCGAUACAGAAUCUUCUCCAUCUCCUAGGAGGGUAUUGGUUACACUCGAGGGUAAUACAAGACACAUUGUACAACGUUGAGAUUCGUUCUUCUUACAUGAGCAUUUCUAUAUCGGCACCAAGCAUUUAAUAGACCGGGGGAGCAGAGUAACGUUCGCC